GGAGUCCAGAAGGUUCUAAAUGUCACUGGCAGUUCCCUGGGAGGCCUCACUCCCUCCCAGCCCUUCACAUCCCUCAUUUUAAGUUAAGUCUUUAGGUCUGGCCUAACUCCUGCAAGCUGGAUCCCCCCCUCUCUGGCCCAGGCUCAUUUCUGCUGUGGGUUCCCUGGAGCCGGACGGAUGGCAGUGGUUGAGGCCUGGGACCAUCAGCAAGUCACCCUCGGGUGCCCUGGGACACAGCACCCUUUGUUCCGGCCCAUCCCCACCCCCCUCAGUCCCAGGCUCUGGCUUGGAUUAGCCUUAUCCAGGGGAAAGCCAUGGAGGCCCCUCCAGGAAUGUGGCCUGGGGGCGGAGGGCGGGUGAGGAGUUGAGGUGAUUAGGGCUGGUGGGGUCUCUCCAGGGCAGGGCUGUGCCAUUUGUACCACUCGGACCCCCCAGGGCAGGGCUCUCUGUGUUCUCUGCCCGAAACUCCAGGCGGUGAAGGGGCCCCCCUAUCUCUAGCUCUCCCUGGAUGGGCCUGGGACGGGGGGCCCCACCACGCGGCCCAGCCUGGCCCUGUGCUGCGGUGGCUGCCUGGCCCUUCUCCCCUCCCAGCGGAAAGCCUCUUAGAGGGGAUGGGGGUGGGGAACACUAAGCCCCAGGCUUGGGGGAGCGAGCUGUUGAGUGGCUGAUCUGCGGGAAGCCUGGGAGUCUUCAGCUGCGGCCCCCAUCGGGCUAGGCUUUCACAGGGGAGCCAGUGGGGCGGCCCCUCCCUGCAGGCCUCAGGAGAUGCGAGGCUGGACACCCAAACCCCCGGGACGGCUCAGGUCCUGAGGGGCAAGGAGUAUCCUCCAGAGGGAGUCUUCCUGAAGUUAAGACUCAGGUGGGAACGACUCUAUUACCCACCCCUCAUCCUUCACGCCCCUUGGAGGAGGGGAGAUUCGGGGUGAGGUCCUACCUCGGUUUCCCCUCCUGGCUCCAUUCCCCGAGCAGGGCUCCCGUGGGUAGCCCUGUGCCUCACUUUCCCCACACCGGGGUCUCCAUCCCCCUUUCUUGUCUGGGCUACAGACCCUCGCCGCUUCCUCUUGUCCCCUCUCCUCCAGCAGAGGCGGUGACGAUGGGCACUAGAGGCCCCCGGCGGGGCCCUGGCCCCCCAGACGGCGGCUGGGGCUGGGCCGUGCUGGGCGCCUGCUUCGUGGUCACCGGUUUCGCCUAUGGCUUCCCCAAGGCCGUGAGCGUCUUCUUCCGCGCGCUUAUGCGCGACUUCGGCGCGGGCUACAGCGACACGGCCUGGGUAUCCUCCAUCAUGCUCGCCAUGCUCUACGGGACAGGCCCGGUGUCCAGCAUCCUCGUGACCCGCUUUGGCUGUCGCCCGGUGAUGCUGGUGGGUGGACUGCUGGCCUCGGCUGGCAUGGUCCUAGCAUCCUUUGCCACGCGCCUCCUGGAGCUAUACCUGACAGCUGGGGUGCUCACAGGCCUGGGCCUGGCCCUCAACUUCCAGCCGUCGCUCAUCAUGCUGGGGUUGUAUUUCGAGCGGCGGCGGCCUCUGGCCAACGGGCUGGCGGCGGCCGGCAGCCCCGUGUUCCUGUCGGCGCUGUCGCCGCUCGGCCAGCAGCUGCUCGAGCACUUCGGCUGGCGCGGCGGCUUCCUGCUGCUCGGCGGCCUCCUGCUGCAUUGCUGCGCGUGCGGCGCCGUCAUGCGGCCGCCACCCGGGCCGCGGCCACGCAGGAAGAGCGCGGGCGACGCUCCCGGGGAGGCGGAGGCGGACAGUGCGGGACUGCGCUUGCGCGAGGCGCCCUCUGGUGGCCGGACCCGCCGGCGCCUGCUGGACGUGACCGUGUGCACCGACCGCGCCUUCGCGGUGUACGCCGUCACCAAGUUCCUGAUGGCGCUCGGGCUCUUCGUGCCCGCCAUCCUGUUGGUGAACUACGCCAAGGACGCGGGCGUGCCUGACUCCGAGGCUGCCUUCCUGCUCUCCAUCGUGGGCUUCGUAGACAUCGUGGCGCGGCCGGCGUGCGGCGCCCUGGCCGGCCUGGCGCGCCUGCGGCCGCAUGUCGCCUACCUCUUCAGCCUGGCCCUGAUGGCCAACGGGCUCACGGACCUGAGCAGCGCGCGCGCGCGCACCUACGGCGCCCUUGUCUCCUUCUGCGUCGCCUUCGGCCUCUCCUACGGCAUGGUGGGCGCCCUGCAGUUCGAGGUGCUCAUGGCGGCUGUGGGUGCGGCCCGGUUCCCCAGUGCGCUGGGCCUUGUGCUACUCCUCGAGGCUGUGGCUGUGCUCAUCGGACCGCCCUCUGCCGGCCGCCUGGUGGACGCGCUGAAGAACUACGAGAUCAUCUUCUACCUGGCAGGCUCUGAGGUGGCCCUGGCCGGGGUCUUCAUGGCUGUCGCCACCAAGUGUUGCCUGCGCCGCUCUCAGGACGCCACGCCCAGCCCAGGCACCAAGGGCGGGGCCAGCGACACGGAGGAUGCUGAGGCCGAAGUGGACUCUGAGCCCCUGCCUACCAGCGCCGAGGAGCCCGGUGGCCUCGAAGCCCUGGCGGUGCCAAGCCCAGGGACUGGGCCCUCGGAACCCGAGAUGGAGGCAGAGCCGGGGCUAGACUCCGAGUCUGUGUAGCGUGGGGGCACUAGGUGGGGUGGCCAGGGACUUCAGGAAUGGGGCUUCCCCUCUCAGAGCCCCGGCUGUCCCCACAGGGCCUGGCACACGGGAGGCUGCUCCGGUGGUCACCGCCAGGGUCCAUGCAGGGAGCUGCCCCCCUCAUCUGCCCACUGGCCCUGGCACGGCAGGGUGUGGGCCUGUGUCAAUCUUAAGUCCAUAAAGCUGAGCUGAAA